GAAGAAGAAGGAGGAGAAGAAGAGAAGGAAGGAAGGAUAGAUAGAUAGAUAGAUAGGAGGUGGGGAAAGGGCUGGACCUUUUUAAUGGUUUUAGUGAGUGAGUAAUAAAGUUUAUAAAUAAAGUCUCUACUGAGAAGUUUGCGUGUUGGAGAAACGGGAAGCUCUGUAGAAGUUUGUUGGUUUGUUCUGCUUUCAGUAGAACAGUAACGUUGACAGGAUGGCAGGAGGCUCGGUGUCGGAGUGUAAGGAGCACUUGUUUAAAGUGCUGGUGAUUGGGGAGUUAGGUGUGGGGAAAACUAGCAUUAUUAAACGUUAUGUCCAUCAGCUUUUCUCCCAGCAUUACAGAGCAACAAUCGGUGUUGAUUUCGCCCUUAAAGUCCUCAACUGGGACAGUAAAACGUUAGUCCGGCUGCAGCUGUGGGACAUCGCAGGUCAGGAGCGGUUCGGGAACAUGACCCGAGUUUACUAUAAGGAGGCAGUGGGAGCGUUCGUGGUGUUUGACGUGACCAGAAGCUCCACGUUCGAAGCCGUGUCUAAGUGGAAGCACGACCUGGACAGCAAGGUGAAGCUGGCGAAUGGGAACCCGAUCCCCUCUGUCCUGCUGGCUAAUAAAUGCGACCAGAAGAAGGACGGCUCAAAUAACGCCACGCUUAUGGACAACUUCUGCAAGGAGGCCGGCUUCCUGGGCUGGUUCGAGACGUCAGCUAAGGAUAACAUAAACGUGGAUGAAGCAGCCCGGUUUCUGGUGGAGCACAUCCUCCUCAACGACAAAGGCGUUCCGUACGAAGAGAGCAACGGCGACCGGAUCAAGCUGGACCAAGAGGCCAUGCUCGCCGAGAGCAAGUCAGGCUGCUGCUAGCGUCCGCCCUCGAUCUGUCCAUUCACUUGCCAUAAAAGAGGGAUUGUUGGCUACAGACUGAGAUUCAAAACCCCAACAUUGUGUGUCCUCUACUACUCGAUUCUACAUCAUCAUCAUCAUCAUCAUCAUCCCCCCUUUCUGAGACGUUGCACGAGCACGUCUUGGCGUACGAGGAAACCAUAGCCAUGAAGAUUCAUCUUUUUCUCAUUUUCUCUCUCUCUCUCUCUCUCUCUCUCUCUCUCUCUCUCUCUCUCUCUCUCUCUCUCUAUAUCUCUCUGACUAAACAUUCUUCAUUCAAGAUGUUUUAUUUUUCUAGCCUUCCAUAGUGUCAUGUGUUUUGGUAUAUUUGUCAUGUUGUUGAGAAUAAAUGCAACCCUAUGGGGUGUCAUAGGAGGCUGUACCAAGUACAUUUGGUAUUUGUACAAACUUUGUAUUUGUUUUUUUUUUUUUUGUUUGUUUGUUUUUUUAUUCGGAAAGAAAGAAAAUCUCAAUUGAUUUUGUACAAAAGUGUUAAAAAACAAAGAGCACUAUUAGGAAUCUGUAUCUAAAUCAAAACAAGAACAAAAAAUGAUGUGUAUUUAGGUUAUUUUCCCCCGAUCUAUAUUUCUUCCUCAUUUUUCAGUCCAGCGCUCGUGUCUCUGGAGAUCGCUCAUAAGAAGCUCAACAUGCAGAAGGUCGUUAUCUGCAGUGCCCAGAAACCAUGCAGAAGAACAUAGGAUUAUGUUUGUACGAGUAAUGACAGAGAUUUAGGUAUUAAUUUUGGGAAUGUGAGAGUGCAGCCUGUUCUACACGUGAUGGUUUGGGUGUGUGAAGCGGUACGGAAGUGUUCGAGGUUACCCCCCCGGUUGUGUAGAGAUGUGUAGAGGGAGGAGUGCGGCACUUUAAAACGGUUUUAUAUGUGCUGGAUUGCACCUCGAACUCGAAGCAAAAUAAAACUUUUAAAAAUAAAA